AUGUAUCUCUUUAUAUCUUUUUCAUUCUUCUUUGAUUUGGGCUUUCCCUGCUUUUCGAUUUUGUUCAUUCGAAUUCUUAUUUCCACACCUUUUCUUUUUCAUUCUUUUUUUAAAUUUUUAUUUCCCUUUCUAUUUUUUCAUUUAUUCUUUAAACUUUUUCUUUCUCUCGUUUUUUUUUUUAAAUGUUUUUUCAUUAUUUGUCAUUACGCUUUUUCCCUUCAUUAUUUUUUUUCUUUCACGUUCCUCUCCUUUCAUUUUCCUUUUCUUUUGAUUACAUUUAACUUUCUUUUUCUUUUCUUUUCAUCUAGAAUUCGCUUCCUUUGCUUCCCUUUCGUUUUUCUUUCUUGUUUCUUCAUAACUCUUUUCCUUUCCAGAUUUUCUCGUCUCUCUUCAUUUUUCUUUUCUCUCGGCCUCAUUUCUCCCUAUUCUUUGUUAUUCUUUCAUUUUCCUUUCAUCUCCAGUUUUCUUUCCUUUUGUUUUUUUUUUUUGUUUAUAACUAUUUCUAUUUAUUCUUUUUUUAAGAUUUACUUCUCUUUUUUUACUUUUUUUUUUUGUUUUCUUUUCUUUUUCUUUCAGAUUCGCUGCUGUUUGUUUUUUUUUUACCUUUUUUCUUUCGUGUUUCGUCAUUUCAUUUUUAUUGCCGCCAUCUUUGUUUUUUCUUUUGUUUUCCGUCUUUUAAUUUCUCUUGCCUCCAUCUUUCUUUUAUUUUUGUUUUUUAAAUUCAAUUCCAUAUCUUUACUUCUCUUUAGUUUUUUAUUUUAUUAUCAUUUAUCUUCGUUGUCGUUUACUUUUCUUUCAUCCUUCUUUUUUCGUGUCUUUCUGUCCUUUUAUAAUUAUCUGUCUCUUUUUCCUUCUUUCUUCAUACCUAAAACUUUAUUUUUCCUGUCUUCAUUCAUUCUCGUUCGUUCCUUCCUUUUGCUCGUCUUACAUUUUACUUCUUUCCUACAUUCAUCCGCUUCAUUACAACUUUUCCGCCAUUUUGUAUCUUCCUGUUCUAUCUUUCUCGUUUCUGCUUAUUUACUAACUACAACCUUUCCUCAUCUCAUCAUUUCGCUGUUAUGUUGCCAUUUUGUAUCUCUUUCUCUUUUUCUCUACUUCUCUUUCUUCUUCCGUCUUUUUUCUCUCCUUUUUUUCAUUUUUCUUUAUUUCUUUUUUUUCUUUUCUUCUUUGCCCUUCUUCCUACCAUCCUUCUCUUUAUUUUUUCCUUUCUUCUCCCCUUCUUUCUUUUCUUCAUAUCUUAAACGUUUCUCUUUCUUUCCUAUCUUUUUUACUAUUUCUGUUUUCUUCCUUCUUUAUCUCAUUCCAUUUUUGUUUCCGCUUUAUUAA